AUGCCUUCCAACGACUUCGUCCGAACAGUCUCCCGCAGCUACCGUGUCCUUGUGAUCGGCGGCUCAUAUAGUGGUCUCGCAGCAGCCCUGAGCCUCAUAGAUCUCUCCAAUGCCCGCGUCCCCCGCUUCACAUAUAACCCCGAAGCCAAACCCCCCACACACCGCGUCCCAAUCCAAAUAACCAUCGUCGAUAAACGCGAUGGAUACUUCCAUUUGAUUGGCUCGCCCAAGGCACUGGCGUGUAAGAAAUUCGCAGCCGAGGCAUGGACUCGAUUCCAAGAUAUUCCGGGACUGAAGAGUCCGGAUCUGAGUUUCAUUCAGGGAAAUGUGAGCUCGGUGGAUUUCAAGAAUAAGGUUGCGCAUAUUGUGGAUUCGGAGAAGAAUGAUCGCACUGAGUCGUAUGAUUAUUUAAUUGCUGCUUCUGGUUUGCGUCGCUCCUUCCCGACUGUGCCGCAGUCUUUGAGACGGGAUGAAUUCCUGAAGGAGGCGGAGGGACAUAUGGCUCAUGUGGAGAAUGCUCGUGAUGGUGUUGUGGUUGUUGGUGGAGGUGCUGUUGGUGUGGAGAUGGCGGCUGAAUUGAAGAUUCUCAAUCCCUCGCAGAAGGUGACGCUUAUUCACUCGCGAAACCGUCUGUUGUCGUCUGAGCCGUUGCCGGAUGACUUUGCGGAGCGGGCUCAUUCCAUCUUACUCGAUACAGGUGUCGAGGUGGUUCUCGGACAGCGUGUUAUUGAGACAACUGCUGUCGACGAGGAGAAUGCGCGAGUCUGGAAGUUGACGCUGAGCGAUGGCCGGAAACUCACUGCUGGCCAUGUGUUGAACGCUAUCUCGCAAUCUGUCCCUACCUCGACAUACUUGUCCAAGGAGGCAUUGAACGAGGAGGGAUACAUCAAAGUGCACCCUUCACUGCAAUUCUCCGGCCCCAUUCCCAACCCCCAUAACCACUGGGCUGUGGGAGAUCUGGUCGAGUGGGAAGGUAUCAAGCGGUGCGGUGGUGCCAUGCACAUGGGACACUAUGCUGCCAUGAACAUUCACGAGCACAUGUUGGAGGAGUGCACCGGCCAAAAGCCCAACUACCAGACCCUGUCACCGUUCCCGGCGGUGAUGGGCUUGGCUAUUGGUCAUAAGGCUGUGAGCUACACGCCUGCCGAGGGAACUCGGGAGGGCGAGGAUCUGCAGAAGAGUUUGUUUGGAAAGGAUAUGGGCCAUACCAUUUGCUGGAACUAUAUGCGUCUUGGUGAGGCGAUCAAGGCGUAA